AUGGACGUGGUAGAAAAGACAGAGGAAUCAGGAUCAUCCACCACCAUGGCCGCAGCUUUAGAUCCAGAUCUCACAUCAGAGUCUGAGCCCUAUCUUCAUGAUUACAACACUAUCGCGCCUAGAGAGUUCGCUAAGGAUAGGAAACUGGCCGAGAAACUUUGGGGCAAACCUAAGCGUUAUUAA